AACGGAAAACGUGAGGCGGCCACACAGGCAGCUCUUGCUAAAGGAUUAAUAACACCAGAACAAGCCUCUGCUAAUAGUAAAAACAUUUUCUUCACUAUUGAAGAUGAAGAUGACAAUGAUAGUCGGGAAUAUACUGACUCAUCUAGAACUAUGAUGCAUGACAGUUCUUCGGCUGAAUCAUCAACUAAAAGUCGAGAGGCUACACCUCAUGACGAUGACUCACAAAUUUCUUCUUUAAAUAAACCACGUAAUCCAUCCGAACGUCUUUUUGUACAAGAUGUAGACUAUGAUGAUGUAACCGAUUAUGAUGAUCA